GGACGACGUCGAAAUGAUCGAUGAGAAGCGAAGCACCAUUGUGGUGAAGGAGUUACCUCAAUUCGACUUGGAGUCGUGGAUUCAGAAUUACUCGGGCAACACCCAGAUUGUCCGUCUGCUUUUCAUCGCGGAGCGUUGUCCCGAACUUGCGGUCGACGCUCUAAAAGCCGCAAUCACUCUCAUCAAGGAGAAGAGUCUCGAUGUGAGACGGUAUAGCGACGCCGUCGAGCACCUCCAGCGAAUCUCCCCAGACGCAGUCGAAGCCAAACUCGAUGAUCAAUGGAUCGAGCAAACAUCACGAAAAGCCAGAUCGCAAACGGAGAAGCUGGAAAGUGAGCUGAAGAGUUACCGCAACAAUCUCAUCAAGGAGAGCAUCAGGAUGGGUCAUGACGACCUGGGAAAGCACUACUACAACAUCGGCGAUCUAUCAUCAGCACUAAAGUCAUAUUCACGGAUCCGAGAUUAUUGCACAACACCUACACAUAUCCUGUCUAUGUGUCUCGAGGUCAUCCGCGUUUCGAUCGAACUUCAUAACUUCAGUCAUGCUCAGGCGUACGUCAUCAAAGCACAGGGUCUCGCCGACAGCCCAGAAAAGGCCGAAGUGAGCCCUAUUUUGCAAGCCAGUAACGCCCUGGUUAGUCUGGAUGGAGGAAGAUAUCAGGACGCAGCCACGGCGUUCCUCAAUGUUAGUCCCUAUCUCGGUAUGCAGUACAACUAUAUCAUCGCACCACAGGAUAUCGCGACAUAUGCGACUCUUUGCGCACUAGCGACUUUUUCCCGUCAACAGCUUCGUUCGUCAUUAUUGGACUCACCCAGCUUCAAGCCAUUCCUGGAGUAUACGCCCCAUCUCCUCACUGCUGCGGAAGCUUUUUACGGGUCAAAGUACAGCACUUGCUUCGAUAUCUUGGAGAAGUACAAGAAUGACUUCUUGCUUGAUAUCUAUCUCAGUGAGCAUGUCGAAAAGUUAUACAAGGCGAUCAGGCAGAGAGCUUUGACCCAGUUCUUCCUGCCAUUCCAGAAAGUCAGCUUGGAGAAGAUGGCAAGCGUGUUCGCAACGUCUGUCGAGACUAUGGAGGAUGAGUUAGUCGGUCUGAUUCAGCAAGGCGUUAUCGAUGGGAGACUCGAUACACAGGAUAAGCUUCUCGCUGCUAAACAGAAGAAUCAAAGAACAGAGCUUUUCGUGAAGACUCGGAGUAUGGCUACGAAUUACGAGACUACAGCAAAACUCCUGCUUACGCAUGUUAAGCUUGUCCGGGCUGGUCUCGAUGUCAAGCAAGGCAAAAGUCAGAUACAGACGCAACAAGAGCAAGUUGAUUCGGGGGAACCAGAACCGAUGAUUGAGGACGAUGGCGCGUUUUGAUUGUGAGGUGGAAAGUUUCGAAACGUUGGGAUAAUGUGUGUGG